GGGCUCGAGCUGGUGAGGGCGCGGUGGGAGCAAUGGGCGCCAUGGCGAAGGACUCAGCGCUGCCUGUGGGCGAGGUUCUGGCCACGCUGAGCGCUCAACAAGAGCGGCUUUGGAAGCUCGACGCUCUGCUGUGCCAGCUCCAGGGCGGCUCGCACCCGCCGAUCGCGUACAUGAGUCGAAGUGAAGCUGUCAAGGUCGCAGCACUUCCAGGGGACGAGAGACAACCGGACUACGACGAUUCGCCCUGGUUGCGCUCUCCAGGCGAUGUUGCUGCAGUGCUUGCUCGUGUUGCCGCACGGAUUGAUGCUCUAGACCAGUUGUUGGCACCCGCAGAGGUCUCCGAUGCCCAGGGCGCGCUCGCCCAGGAGGUGGCGGAGCUUCGUGCCGAGGGGGCUGCGCUGAAGGCCGCUUUGCUCCUAUUAGGGAGGCAUCUCGCAGCUGUACCAUGACUGACUGGCCAGACAGACGCCCGCGCGAUGAGUAGUGCAGACGAUGUGUCUCGACUGGCUGUAUUCGCGGCGAUGCGAGGCGAAGUUGACCA